UCUUUUUGUAUGUGUUUAUAUUGUAAACUCAUAUAAUAAAUUCAUGUUUUUCAUUUUAAUUAAAAAGGGAAGCAUCAAAAUCCCACAAAAACAAUUUUGCUGUAUUAAUCAAAAUCAAUUUCUCAGUCCCGCAGAUGUUGUACUCCAGAGUACAAGCGGGCGAAGCACGCUAACCUGCGCUUCCCCUCGCCCCCACGCUAACCUGCGCGCCUCCCAUUUUGCUCCACCUGAAAUACCUUCGCCACCGCCGUCCACUAUCAUGCGCUCCUCCACCACCACCAUCACAAUGCGCCGCUCCGCCCCCAACGCUCUCUCCCCGCAGCCCUCAAUUUCCCCAAAUUGCCCCUCCCUCUGCCGCCACUCCCCCUCCGCGACGCUCGACCUCCUCAUCCUCCUCCUCGUCCUCUUCUCCGGCGCCUUCCUCAUCACCUCCUAUUUCUCCUACCUCUUCCACUCGCUCUCCCUCCUCCUCCCCCCUCUCGCCUCCGACCCCCAAUCGCAGCUCAUAUUCCUCGCCCUAUUCGCCGCCUCCUUCCUCGCCUUCGUCAGCUUCUUCGAGAUCUGCUGCGGCGGCCGCUCGCGGCGGUGCGGCCGCGCCGGAUGCAGGGGACUGAAGCGGGGGAUGGAGUUCGAUCUGCUGCUGCAGGGGGAGGAGCUGCUGCGGGUCGGGGACGGCAGCAAGGCCGUGAGGGACGUCAAUUCCCUGCCGUGGAAGGGCGGCGGCGACGACAACCCCGACUACGAGUGCCUCCGCGCCGAGCUCCGGAAGAUGGCGCCGCCUAACGGCCGCGCCGUGCUGCUCUUCUGCCUCCGCUGCGGCUGCCCGAUCUCCAAGCUGGAAGGCUGGGGCCCUAAGCGCGGCCGCCGCCACAAGAAGUAGGUUUAGCUCCGACGUGGCCGGAGAAAUACUUCCUCCACGGCAUAUAGCUCAGUCGUUCAAGUAUCGUAGGAUCGAUAUUCAUAAUCUUCCAUCGAGUUUAAAAUGAUCGACUAUCGUGUUUUUAGCAUAGAUAAGGUUUAUUGCUCGGCACUUGUACUCAUUGUCUGUGACGAUCUGCAUUUUGUGUCGAUAAAAACAAACUCACGCUCUCCGUCUGGUGCCCGACUUACAGGGGUCUGGCUUUUUCCGGUGGAGGAGGAGAUCAUCGCUAGCUAGCCACGGUGGAUAUAUAUAUAUAUAUAUAUCACACUCUGCUUUCAUUUUUACCAGAGAAAUACUGUAUUUAUAGUUACUUUGAAUAUGAAAACUCAUAUAUACAUUCUUGUGGGGAGUUCAUCUCCUCCUAUAUGAAAUCAAAUCAGAAUAAAUGAUGAUAUAUAGAUUGAUUUGCAUU